CUACGGCAAACAUUUUGUUGUGCAAAAGCUGAGAGUUUUUCUUAUUUUGUCUCGCUUGUACACUAUAAUAGAUUGAGAUGUUAUCUGCUGUGUCUUGAAGAUGAAGAAACAAACUGCAAGCUGAUGAAAAGUAGACCGACAGAUUUAUAAUGUGACCCUUGGGUAUGCUAUUUGUUUCCCCCUUCAAACGUAACCUGAAGAUUGCUUGUGGUCAUUGUUGGGACUUGGAAGAGUAUUAUCAGAGAUUGAGCUACAAGGUAAAUUUUCACAACGAAUUAAUGCGAUCCGCCGGUAAUAGCUGUGUCCAGACUAAUGGCCAAGGGUCCAAGGCUAAGUAACGGCAAAGCAAUUGUUCAACAGUACGGGUUUUUAGACACCAAACGACGUUUGGAUUUCAUAACACAAUUAAGAAACAAGGACGAACAAUGUACUCGUUAGUCGUUGCAGAUCCCACCAUUUCCUAUUUGUACUUUAACAAAAUCAUCCAUACGCCCAGUGACCUGUUUACCGGCCAUCUCAGCUCUCACCUGUUUUGGAUGACUUCCAGUUGCUAAAGUUUCGCCAUAACAUAGCGGAAUCUCUUCAGGUACUAUAAAACAUGGGAUCCUCGAUAUUUUGAAUUCACAGCAGUUCCUCCACUUCAGCUGAACUAUCAACUCUCUUAUUGCAGUGCCGGCAGCCUAAAACCAUUCAAAAUGAAUAAGAUGAAGUUUUCGUCUCUCAUUUCUCUGAUCGCCUCGGCCAUUUUCGUGACGACUGUGUUUGCUCGCGUGUGGGACUAUUCCGAAGCUGGCCAAGUUCGGUGGUCGGCCAAUUGUAACUUCAAUGGCAGUGACAUCCAGACAGUUUUUGUACCAAACAACCAGUGUGGAAGAGAGUGCAUCGACAACUGGGCUUGCACUCACUUCACUGCCAGUCGAACUGUAUGCGUUCUAAAGAGAAAUUUGACCGGGAUGACUGAAGUCUUUUCUCGUAACGAAAUCUGCGGAUUCCUCUCUGGCCGCAGCAACCAGAGCACUGAACCUCAAAAAACUCUAGUUAAAAAUUAGGGAUUAAUAAAGGGAAACUAGAGCACAAUUUGUGCUCUCUCUUUGUUGUUGAAGGUGCGCUUCAUUAAGUUUUUUUUUAAUAUCAUGUACUAAUUUUUGAUUUUUAAAAUAUUUACUUACGAGUUUUAUUCAAAUUAUGGGGAGAAAUCAUUAUUGUUUAUUUUUGUUAUUUUUUAUCUUUGUUGUCUUUGUGAGGUUUCAAAAUUAUUCGUGAAUUUCUAUUUACUCUUUCAUUUUGAAAUUAUAAAAAUCAAUAAAUCUGAAGGUGCAAA